AUGUGCGGUGCAAAAAGUAAAUCAUUAAUAUUUACUGGACUGCUUUUCAAGUGCCUAGAAAUGAUCUUUUCGGCUAACACAGCUCCAGACAUACCUGUUAUUGACCAAGCUUAUUCAAAACUUAGCAACAGUAUCACAGUGGAGUGGAGAGCAGUACCUGGAGCUACGAGUUAUCUGCUGACUGCACAGGAUGGAGAGUCCUUUGUUGAAGCUGUAGUUACAAAUUCUCCAGGCACACUAAUGGGGCUGAAACCUGCCACCUUGUACAGAAUCACUGUCAGAUCUAUAAGUUCAGGAGGAAAAAGCCAGCCCUCACCUUUCAGAAAAGCAAAAACAGUCCUGGCUGCUCCAGUUCUCUCUGUUAUUUCUCCGAGUUGUGACUCCAUUGCAGUGAGCUGGAAAGCUGUGUAUAUGGCAGCUGGAUUCUCUGUGUCCCUCAUGAGGUCAGACGGUUUGGGCAGAAUGCUGAAGGAGAACACCACCAAUACCUCCUUGACAUUUACAAAUCUAGAUCCAGGAACUCUCUAUACUAUCAAGGCAUAUGCCUGGAAUGUCAACGGGAUACCUGGAGAUGAUUUCACAUAUAACCAAAGAACAAGUCCUAAGGCACCAGCGGAUGUUCAAGUAGCUUUUAAUAGCGGUGCUUUAAGAGCUAUCAUUUCUUGGAUGCCAACAGAAGGAGCUCUGACUUACAGUGUGACAGCCUCCAGUGGGCUCUUGAAACUGAAGUGUAACACAUCUUCUGCCUCCUGCAUGGUGUCAUCACUCCAGUGCGGCUCUGAAUAUUAUGUUUCUGUCACAGCAUACAAUGAUGCUGGAUCCAGUAAACCUACUGAUGCAGUAAGCUUAAAAACUGUUCCUUGUGCGCCAGUAAAUAUAUCAAUUGAAGAGGAUGAACCAGGCCACUUGUUGGUAUCGUGGUCUAGCGUCAAUUUUGGUCAUUAUUAUGUGGUUUUUGUGAAGAGCGAUGACGGUUUGGAAGUGCACUGCAACACAUCACACACUCAAUGCCAAUUCCAGUCAGACUGUGGCUUCACUUAUUUCAUUACUGUCUUUGCAUAUAACAAGGCAGGGCAAAGUCCUUUAGGUGAUGUAUUCAAUUACACCACUGCCCCGUGCUGCCCCAGCGACUUCAGGGCCGUGCUCGUGUCCGGCGACACCGUGCGGGUCACCUGGGGUGCUGUCCGUGGUGCUGAAAUGUACCAAACCAGAGCAGCCGCCGGCAGCGCCGCCGUGCUCUGCAACGACACCGCCACGGCCUGCACCCUGUCGGCUCUGCGCUGCGACACCUGGUAUCACGUCACGGUUUAUUCUUUCAGCGAGGCCAGAGGCAGCAACACGUCGUGUGCAUCCAAGUACAUCGCAACAGCUCCCUGCAGUCCUGAAAUUAAAAACAUCUCAAAGGAAAAUCUUUCUGCGAUCAGUGUACACUGGCAAUCUAACAAUGAAGAAGCUACAUAUAUUGUCACUGCCAGAGGAGAGGCUGGACUUUGGCACUGCACAAGCUCUGGAAAUUCCUGUACCCUAAUUAAUCUUCCCUGUGGAUCUGCUUUCUCUGUUAGUGCUAUAGCAAGAUCACCAGCAGGACAGAGCUUACCAAGCUACAGUGUCCCUUUAGAAACAGCUCCUUGUUGCCCUAAUGACCUCAUACUAACUCAAGUGACAGAGUCUGUAACAAAUAUCAGCUGGUCUAUUGGGAUGGGUGCACAGACAUAUGUAACAACACUGGAGUCUCCAAAAGGACAGGCAAAGUGUCACACUCUUCAAAACCACUGUCUCCUGGGAUGCAUUACAUGUGGCACCAACUAUACAGUAUCUCUGAAAGCAAUCAGUGAAACGGGUUUGACAUCCACUUGCACAUAUCAAGGAUAUUCUUCCAGUGCUUGCUGCCCUUCUGGGGUGAAGCUAUACAGACUCCGCAAUAAUGGUAUCAGGGUAUACUGGCAAGCUUCUGAAGAAGCAAUAAACUACAAUACUAAUUUACAUGGCUCAAAAGGCAAUUUCACCUGUACCCCUAGAUCGGGUCUAAGUCACUGCGAUAUCACUGAGAUACCUUGUGGGGACAUCUACACAGUGGUAGUAUCUCCAGCUACUGAUAAGGGGCAGAAGCUUACAUUUUGUCCUAAAAAAAUAUAUUCAGUAACCUGUUCUGGAAGCUCUGUAGGGAUGGUGAUUUAUAGAGGAAAGAGCAAUGCUGAACAACGUAUCUAG